AUGACGGUCAGCCCUACAGUUGCCUUUGUUGCGCUGUCCGCGGCCUUAUUGGUCGUGCGCUACUUCGCACAGCUCCACCACCACCGUAAACAGUCCAAAGCUCUACAUUGCAAACCUCCCCGUUCGGGCUCCUCGGCUUUCUUCGGUAUUCCAGGUUUUAUUCGGUUGACCAAGGCUGUCCGCGAAAAGCGCUGGAUCGAUCAUCUCUACAACGAAUAUGCUAUCUAUGGAAAUACCUACCAACAGAGAUUCCUCUCUCAACAUAUAAUGACCACUAUAGAGCCUGAAAAUGUCAAGGCACUUCUCGCGACUCAAUUCAAAGAUUUCUCUCUUGGAACAAGACAUCAACAAUUCUACCCACUCCUGGGCGAUGGAAUCUUCACCCUUGAUGGUGCCGGGUGGUCACAUGCGCGGGGAUUAUUGCGCCCGCAGUUUACCAGGGACCAGGUCGCCGAUCUUACUAUGCUGGAUGAUCACAUCUCCAACCUGAUCGACCUAAUCCCCAAGGACAGGAGCAGUUUCGACAUCCAGCGUUUGUUUUUCUUGCUAACCAUGGACUCAGCAACGCACUUCCUAUUCGGGGAAUCCGUCAGCUGUAUGCUCCCGCCUUCUGCAAAGACUGGGGUGCUGGAAAAAUGUGCUGUGGGUAGCGCCCAAGGGUUUGCGAAUGCCUUCGGAACCGCUCAGGAUUAUCUCGCUGCACGGAGUCGUGCCCAGGGCUUGUAUUGGGUUGUCAAUCCCAAGGAAUUCCGCGAGGCAAACCGACAGGUGCAUGAAGUCGUCGAUCAUUAUGUUAAUCUCGCUCUCGAGUCGAAACGUAACCCCGAAAAGAAGGACGCCGAAGGUCGGUAUAUCUUCCUCGAAGCUCUGGCGGCCGACACAGAUGACCCCAAGAUUCUACGUGAUAACAUGCUUAACAUUCUAUUGGCCGGCCGCGAUACCACGGCCAGUCUGCUAAGCUCGGCGUUCUUCUACCUUUCCCGUUACCCUAGUGUGUGGAACCGGCUGCGUCGUGAGAUUAUAGAUAUUUUCGGAGACGCGAAGCAUCCACGAUCAGAAAUGACACAGACCAAGCUGAAGGAUAUUCCUUAUCUGCGAUAUGUGUUGAAUGAAGUCCUUCGUCUCCAACCUCCUGUGCCUGUCAACUUCCGUGUUGCAACCAAAGACACCUCCCUACCGGUCGGUGGUGGCGCAGACUGCCAGUCCCCAGUGUAUAUCCCCCGGGGCACCAUGGUCGCCUACAACGUCUUCGCAAUGCACCGCCGGACGGACCUAUGGGGCAAGGACGCAACUUCUUUCCGACCCGAGCGCUGGGAGGAAAAUGCUAAGCAUGGCUGGGAAUACCUGCCUUUCAAUGGCGGGCCGCGUAUCUGCCUUGGUCAACAAUACGCUCUCACUGAGGCAAGCUACACCCUCGUUCGUCUGAUGCAGCACUUCGAUACCCUCGAAAACGCGGACCCCCAUCCUCGACAGGAGCCUGUCAAGCUAUCCACUAUUACGAUGUCGCAUGAUCUUGGCGUGCCUGUUCGUCUGUACUCUUCGGAUAAGAUUUAG